UUAUGUCCUCCCACUUCUUGUCCUCUUAGGCCUUUUUGGUUCGGCUUCGGUGCGUCUCCGGCAGCCGAGUGGGAGGCGAAUCCGCAGCAGCGCUCGUCCAUCCAUCUUCCUUCCAACCCUCAAAGAUAGAGAGGGAGAGAAAGCCACCGACGAAGAAACCCUUCAAUUCCAAAACCCUAGCGUACACAGGCAGGGAGUUGUCCGCUCGUUUGUCUGAUUCUAAGUUGGGGAUAUUGGAGGGUGGAGAAUGAUGGCGAUCGCUUCCCGGUUGCCUCUUAACCAGAUUCAUCGUUCUGAGAUGUUCAAUUAUGCUAGUGGUGUGGAGUGUAAUGCUAUGUUGAAGGAGAGGCAGCUCAGAGUGAGAGGGAGUGUCGCGGGUUCUAGUAAUGUGGCGAGGAAUGUGGAGAGAAGAUUACAAGGGCUGCGUUUCGAUGCUGUUGCGUCCAGAAGAGGGCAGCGGAUGGUUGUUGCUGCGAGUCCUCCUACCGAGGAUGCACUGGUUAUGACGGAGCCUUUGACAAAAGAGGAUCUUGUUUGGUACCUUGCUUCUGGUUGCAAGCCAAAGGAAAAAUGGAGAAUUGGCACCGAACAUGAAAAAUUUGGUUUUGAAGUUGCAACUUUACGCCCAAUGAAAUAUGAACAGAUCGCAGAUUUGCUCAAUGGUGUUGCUGAGAGAUUCGAUUGGGAUAAAAUAAUGGAAGGGGAUUAUGUCAUUGGUCUCAAACAGGGGAAGCAAAGCAUUUCAUUGGAACCUGGUGGCCAAUUUGAGCUCAGUGGUGCACCUCUUGAGACAUUGCAUCAAACUUGUGCUGAGGUUAAUUCUCAUCUUUAUCAGGUGAAAGCUGUGGCAGAAGAAUUGGGGAUUGGCUUUUUAGGAAUUGGUUUUCAGCCAAAGUGGGGGCUAAAGGACAUUCCUAUAAUGCCGAAGGGAAGAUAUGAGAUUAUGAGGAACUACAUGCCAAAAGUAGGGUCUCUUGGGCACGAUAUGAUGUUCCGGACUUGUACAGUCCAGGUAAAUCUUGACUUCAGUUCUGAGUUAGAUAUGCUCAGGAAAUUUCGUGCUUCUCUUGCAUUGCAGCCUAUUGCAACAGCAGUGUUUGCGAAUUCACCUUUCACUGAAGGAAAGCCAAAUGGUUAUCUUAGCAUGAGAAGCCAUGUUUGGACUGACACGGAUAACAAUCGUGCUGGAAUGCUUCCUUUUGUUUUUGAUGACUCUUUUGGAUUUGAACAGUAUGUGGAAUAUGCUCUGGAUGUUCCGAUGUAUUUUGUCUAUCGAAAUAAGAAGUAUAUUGAUUGUACUGGAAUGUCUUUCCGGGAUUUUAUGGUCGGAAAACUUCCUUCCAUUCCCGGGGAGCUACCAACACUGAAUGACUGGGAGAAUCAUCUAACAACAAUUUUCCCUGAGGUUAGGUUGAAAAGGUACCUGGAAAUGAGGGGUGCAGAUGGUGGUCCAUGGAGGAGAUUAUGUGCUUUGCCAGCAUUUUGGGUGGGAUUAUUGUAUGAUGAGGUUUCACUACAAAAUGUUUUAGACAUGACUGCUGAUUGGACAGAAGAAGAAAGACAGAUGUUAAGGGAAAAGGUACCAGUGACUGGUUUAAGGACACCAUUCCGAGAUGGACUGUUAAGACAUGUUGCUGAAGAUGUUUUAAAGCUGGCGAAGGAUGGAUUGGAAAGAAGAUCUUAUAAAGAAGCUGGGUUUUUGAAUGAGGUGACUGAGGUGGUUAGAACAGGAGUUACACCAGCCGAGAAGCUUUUGGAGCUGUACCACGGGAAGUGGGGAUGCAGCGUUGAUCCUGUUUUCAAAGAGUUGUUGUAUUGAGGUGUAAAAGGUGUCCUCUUUCCGGUGCUUCCUAUGGCAAGUAAACAACCAUUCCCAAUUAUAUGAAACCCAUGAAGGAACCAGACUUAGUGCCUAAUAAUCCUCAUCUGGGAGAGCAGACCUUGUGCCUGGGUGGGGCUGGCUCCUCUAUGGGCAGAAAUUUCAUUAGGUGGGAGGAUAUUUACCAAGAGCAACUGGAAGCUUUGCUUGCAGAGAAAUCCUCUUCUUUGGCAGUCAGUGGUCCCCGCUUUCUGUUGGCAGUAGUUGUAACCGGUGUGCUUAUCCAAUAAGUGUAAUCCGUCUCACAGGAACUUGGUUAUAUGUGCUUCUCAUGGCAGAACUGUUAUUUCGUAUGUUGUUCCAGAUCAGCCAUCAUUCAUGGAAUUCAUGCUGAAAUUUGUUCUGAUGAGCAAGCAACACAGGUUUUUGUGGCUAGGUUCAUUUUCAUAGAAUAACAAAGAAUUAAUGCAGAUUCAUUUUUUAUGAUUGAAACAA